AGACCGCGUUUGAAUCGUUCCCCGCGUUGAAAUGCCGGGGGAUAAGCAAGAUUCGAAAGAAACCAAAGAAGAGCGAACUGUUGAAGGAGGCAAGGAAACGAACGAUGACAAUAAUCAACCCAACGAAGGACGUAAACGAAGGUUGCAAAACGCUGGUGAUGAAUCUUUGGUAAACGAGAGCGACUUACCCGCAAAAGUGUCGCGGACGGACACUAAGUACAAGACGUUGGAUGGGAAGUCAGGAAAAGUUGGGGAUAAAAACGAGGUCGACGUAAAAGAUGCAAGAAGCAAGGACGAGGCGAAGGAUGUUGAUUCUAAAAAGAAAGCUGCAUCAUCAACGUCAUUGUGCAGUGUCGUAUUGUCGCAAGUUUCCGUGAGUGGUGCUACUUCAAAAAGCGACGAGAAAGGAGAAAGUGGUCCAGUUGAAGGCACUCUGUCUGUGAACACGAAUUCAUUGAGUACAAGUUCGCCGGGUUCUCAGAAUGUCGAGGCGUCAUCAUCAGCCAAGAAUCCUUCUCCGAGGUCCAUCUCUCCGUCUGUAGCGCCCUCGCGCAAUAUGGAAGUGAAGUCCAGAGAUGGCGGAUCAUCAAGUCCUGUCAUUGCGGAAGAAAACGUGACAAAAGAUGUUCGAGGGUCCAACGAAGCUGCGGAAAAUGCUGGACAAGCCGAUGCAAAUUCACCCAGUGGAGAUUGCAAGGGGAAAACUUCUUCGAGAGGCUCGCCAACCAUGGAUAGUCGGGGGGACAAGGCACUGAAAACCGAUGAUUCUCUGGAGAACCCCGGUAAAGUUUCUGAGGCCAUUGACGCCAAAGAUCGUGAAAAUGGAGGAACAGAUAUCGCAGGACAAGAGAAGAAAGUCUCGUCAGAUUCGUCCUCUUUGCUGGUACCAAAAGUUGAAAAUACGGCGGAUGACGAGGCAGGAACUUUCGAAACGAUGGAAGCAACGGCCGACGCGGUGAAAGAAGAGCGUCGAGAAGAUUCCACAAACGUGGAACAUCCACGAAAGCGGAAACUCAAAACUGUUCGCGAGAACGGUUCUUAUUACCCGUCCCCAACGGCACCGUUUCGGAUCGAAGAGCAGUGUUUCUCGAAUCCGUUCGAGAUCUUUGUGAAAAUCCGGAAACAUUUAGAGAUACAGAGACGACAAUUGGUCCCCGUGCACCCAAAACCGCCGCAAGGGUACAAGGAUUACCUAAUUCACCGCGGCACGUACGUGUUGGACGGAAAUCAGCAAGCCCAGUUGGCAGCGGCGACUCAAGUAACUUUGCCGUAUUAUUUCGAGCAAUUUCCGGACUUGGCGCCCUUCAAGGAACUGUUCAUCGCGCAAGAGAAGGAACGGGAAAAGCUGCGGCUAAGGCAUUUGGUUGAAAAGGAGAAGUUGGUCUUGUGUGUGGAGCAGGAAAUUUUGCGAGUUCACGGCAGAGCCGCCCGUGCUUUGGCCAACCAAGCUUUACCUUUUUCCGCCUGUACAAUGUUGCGAGAUGCGGUUUUGUCUAACCCACCGCCUCCGCCGCGGGACCCAUGGCAAAAUCCACAUCAAAUGCUCUGCUAUCCAUCUUGCGAAGAAGGGGGCUCUUCCCGUGAUAGAACGGGCCUGCCGACGAGCAACGGCGCCGGUGGCACGGGAGGCGCCCGAUCACGUUACAACGGUCGCCUGUUCCUCUCCUGGCUUCAGGACGUGGACGACAAGUGGGAGAAAAUCAAGUCGGGCAUGGUGCUCAGGCAUCACAAUGAAGCCGAGGCGUUGCAAGUCGUCCAGCAGAUGGAUUGGGAGCUCAAGGUGCAAGAGAUGGGGCUGAGUGAUGAAUUGCGGGCAGCAGACGGUGUGACGAGCACCAAGGGUCGGGAUCCGCGCUGGAGCCAAUGGCCUGCGGGCGUGAUCCGACCGGACGAUCGGAACAUUCCCAUUGUUCACGUUUCGGAUGAUUUCGAUCUUUUGCCAGCUUGAAACGCGGCUGUUGGGCAUAUUCUUCAAAUUUUUGUUUUCUUCCCUUUGGGAACUUGUUGGUUCGAGGAGUUGUUUUGUAUGUAUUGUGACGGGUUUAUCAUCUGUUCUUCUACCCGCAAGAAUGUCCCGUCAGAAAAUAUUUUUGGAAGCAUGUCUUGUGGUACCUUGUUCAUGGGCUUGAUCCGUUUCUUCGGAAAGUCCGUCAUCUGAAAAUUUUGUUGACCUAAUAAUCUAACGUUAUAUUAAAUUCAUAAUCGGCAUCAGACCCCCCGAAAAGCCCCGUAGGUAAGAAAUGUGAAGCUAUACCUGAUUAUUAAUUUUUUCCGAUCCUUUGAAAAUACUGCAUUCUUCGUAAUUGGAGAUUUUUAUGUGUAAGUUAUGUGAUUCCAGGAAAAUCCUAUAAAAUGAAAAAUUCUCAACGUAUUCUGAAGUAUACGGUAGAUCGCCUCUAUCCACUAAAAAUAAUAUGCUGGUUGCCGAAUCUCCUGCAAGAAGUCCUAUGUACUGUAUUAAUUUUUUUUUAUUCAGACUUUUUGAAAUCCUUACAUUCAAAGCUGGGUCUACUAACCGAACAUUUGUGAUAUCGUGAGUCUUUUUUCCAGGGUUCCACAGUACUCGAUUUGUUAUUCACGAUAAUGUUACGAAUGAAAUUUGACACUUACAUCGGAAGAAACUAUAAUUAUAAUUUUAAAAAUCGCAUCUUGAAGAGUCGUUGGUCCCGCGAAGAUACGAAGAAAUUAUCUUCUAAUUUCAGUUAAUAUUUCCGAAAGAUAGAUUUGUGUCCAUUGAAGCCCACGGCCACACUGUGACUGAAAGUAUGAUCUUGCCUCUGCAAAACCGAUGUAUUUUUAUUCAUCGUUUGGUAUGUUCUUGUGCAUCUCUUGAUGGAAAAUAUUUUGGAUGGAGACAAUCGUUUUGAGCGUGGGAUGUCACAGCAAAUGAACUUGGUAUGCUUGGAAGGAAAUGCGAAUGUGACACGGUUUUUCAUUGUUCAUUUGCUUGAUUAUUCCUUUUUGGAAUUUUGACAAUGCCACGUUAGGAUUGAAAUUUUUCCAGCAUUCCCAGAAAAUUUCAAAUUUUACUAUUUUCCCGGAGUUGUGGAGUUCAAUGUUCAUCAGAAGUGUUUUUUAAUCCAUUCUUCCGUUGGAAAUUUAUUUUCGUGGAAUCAUGCUUGAACGUUCAACUUCAGAAAACUCGAACAGGCAUAAUUACAGUCAAAGAAUUAUUGAAGUAAAAUACUAUCGCCAAAUCAGGCAUUGCCGGUUACUUAUAAAAAUGCUUUCACUAAAAUUCCGUCCUUCAAUGUUUCAACUACCCGCAAAUUU